UUGAGUGCACGUUUGAAUUGGAAAAUGAUACAGCUUGUUGGCUUAUGCAAAGUGAUAGUGAUGACUGGGAUUGGACGAGAUAUUAUAUAUCAACACCAUCCAUUGGCACUGGUCCACAAGCUGCCUAUGAAGGAGACUGGUACUUUUACUAUGAAACAAGUUUUGAUGUUUUUGAAAAUGACAGUGCUGUUUUGCACACAGGGCCUGUCUCUAUAGAGAAUUCAAGCUGUCUGUACUUCUAUAAUCACAUGUACGGCGAAACCAUGGGCAGUCUGACGAUUUAUUCAGAGGUGAACAACUCAAGGACUGAACUGUGGAGGAGAUCUGGCAGCCAUGGGGAAACGUGGUACAUCAUAAGUGUCGACAUUCCACCUGGCAACCAAGAUAUCGUCAUGGAAGCUUUGGAUGGAGAAGGCUAUAGAAGUGAUAUAGCCAUUGACUCUGUUGUACUUAUAGAUGGAGAGUGUCCACGAGAACCUGUAAAGAACAAGACUAGCCAAGACAUCCAGGAAUAUCGUCUUGUUGGUGGUGACACCACGAGUUUUGGCAGAUUAGAAAUAGCAACAAACAAUUAUUCCUUCCAGGCAAUUUGUAUCUCGGGCUGGACAGACGCUAACUCCGAAGUGAUGUGUCGUCAACUUGGAUUUGGCCCCCAUGGCAUAAAUGCACGUACUUACACAUUCGGAGAGUACGGAAGAAUUAGAUCUACGAUAAAUGAAUUUGUGAUCAACUCAUUUUCCUGCAAUGGCACAGAGAAGAUGCUUUCAGAGUGUAACAUCACAAAUUCUGUUUGCUCCGCUUCCAACCAAGUUGCCAUAGCAUGUUCAAACACUGCUUGUUUCGCUGGUGAGAAAGCAUGCAUCUCCCCAAUGACUUCAAUAAUACCUGAUGAUGCCACCUGUAUCAUGGAAGAGAAAUGGUGUGAUGGUGUUAUAGACUGUCCCAAUGUUGAGGAUGAGAACUACUGUGCCAACUGCAGCAGUGACCAGUAUGAGUGUGACCACCAUAGGUGUGUACCUUUAUCUCAGCGCUGUGAUGGUACCAACGAUUGCGGAGAUUGGUCCGAUGAACACUUUUGCAUCCGGGUUAAUGAGGAUUACACAGUAGAGGCUGAUCACCAUGGAGAUUGGAGCAACAUUUGCUCACCUGGUAACGACGAAAUCCUGGCAGGAUAUCUAUGUGCCCUUGCCACUGCAGGGUCAUUUCUAUCGUUCCCAACUUCUACAAUUAGCAGUAACAGCACAGUAACUGUUACUUACAAGACGGACAAUCAGGGUGUCAUCCGUAGUCACAGCAUACAACCUACCUCAGGUGCCUGUGUUGUAUUGAAACUUGAGUGUCAACCACAAGAAUGUGGUAGAUCAGCUCUAUCAUUGGAUAGGGUUAUCGGUGGGUAUGAUGUUCCUAAUGGCUGGUUUCCUGCAAUGGCCGCAUUGGUGAGAAACGUUUCAAGUGGAUCGCACAUGUGUGGAGCCUCCAUAAUCAGUCCAACUACAGCGGCCACGGCUGCCCACUGUGUAGAUACCUUUGAACAAGGAUCUGCAUACCUACAUAUUGGUGAAGUCGAUAACACAAAGUUUGAUCAGAGUGGCAGACAGGUUGUGAUAGAAAGAGUAAUUCUGGAGCCUAACAAUGAGAAAGACGUUGCUAUUUUGAAAUUCGCUAAUCCAGUCCAACAAACAGACACCAUUGGCUCCGUAUGUCUACCGCCACCAUCAAGGGAUGUCUUCUCCUAUACUAAAUGUUUUGUUCUUGGAUGGGGAAGAACGGAAUAUGAUACUGUACCUUCAGUCCUCAAGAUGUUAGAGGUUGUCCUGUUAAAGGAAGAGGAUAUGGACCGAUGUGAAGACCGUGCCAGAAUUCUGUACGGCGUAAACAAGAACCAUACCAUUUGUAUAGACAACAGAGAGAAACACUCACCUAUAUGUUUUGGUGAUUCUGGUGGACCACUGAUUUGUAAGAAUGAACAUGGUAGGUUUGAAUUGGUGGGAAUCACAAGCUACGGAGACAGUGUUUGUCUUUACUCCAGAUUUACAGAUGUCUAUGAGAGUGUAAUACAUCAUUUGGACUUUUUCUACAGCAACGUUGAUGACCUGAUUCCAAACUUCUGAACCAAACAAUUAGACAGAGAAUAAGAAGGAAAUGGAUGUAAUCCUGUCAUCACCAUUUUUCCGGUGUAAAAUAUUAUGACUUUGCUUUAAUUAAUUCUAGAUGAACUCAUACAAACCAUAGAUAUCCAUGUUCACUAUUCUGUAAACUAUGUACUGGUAUUUUAUUAAUUGAUUACUCAAAUGGUUUCUGUAUAAAGAUUUAAUGUCAAACAUAGAACAAUGAGAUUGCAUGUGUCCCAGUUCCACGUACUCAUUCUGAUCUACCGGAGUUACUUCCCUUUUAUAUUUUAGUUCCAAUCAUAUUUUAGUGUUAUUAACACAUAGAAAGAGUUUCUGUAUUGUAUAAAUUGCAGUCAAUGUGUAUUGUUUUCUGUGGAUUAGGAAGUACAUUGUAUUGCCCAUUAUAUAGAAAAUUCCAGUGACAAGAUAUGUUUUGAUAGGGUAGAAAAUUCAAUUUUAUACCUUAAUUUGUUUAACUAAAGGAGAUCAUUUUUUGUAUAGAAGGAAGAUAUGGCUAGCCUGGGGCGGGAGGAGCUGGGCCCAAUAGGGGAAGUACAUUUGUAUUGCUUAUUGAAAUUGCUAUGUGUCCUGAACAACCCAAUAGAAUUUUGCUAAAAUCAGGCUGGAGCAUUAUUAGGCAAAUGAGAGCCAAUGUGGUUAAAAUGGAGGGUGUGGCUCCCCAGGGGCCAGAAGGAUGGGGCCCAAAAUGGGAAAAUCGAGGUAAAUGUUUUAAAUCAAUACUAAUCCCGCACAACUAAAUGGAUUAUCUGGUAGCAUCAAGUGUUGUUCCUUUGGGGCAGGAAAGGUGGGGCCCAUUUGGAAUAGGAUAUCAUGAUGCAUCAAAAUUAUUAAAAAUCAUUAAAAUACAGCAAUUAUUUAAAAUCCUUUAAUAUAAGAUUGAUAGGAUUAGGACAAUGUUUUACUUAAGCCAUUGUUCAGACAGAAAGCUCAAAAUGUAGAAAUAUUUUUAUUGUAUUUUUUUAUGAGAGUAUAUUGCCAUGAUUGUUGAAAUAUCCAGUUGAGUGGUGCAGGCCAUCUGUGCCUCUUGUUACAGAGUAGACUAUAUAUAUAUUAAUUGUAUCUCUUUGUUUGUAAAAAAAAAUAUGAAGUUAAUGUAUGUUUUUUGUUUUCUAUAUUGCAUUCCAUCAAUUCAUGGAUGAAUUGAUUUGUUAAAUUAACAUUUUGCCAAAAUAAGUAUUUGGCCUGCAACUUAAUCAAUGUGUGCCUUUUAAUAGAUUUUUAUCUUUUUUUCAUAGUGAUUUAUUGUUAUAUGUUGAUGUGUAUAAAACAAAUCUGUAAUGUCAAUGGCUAUAAGUCGACACUGGUAAGCUUUAGUGGAUAGUCUUGAGAAGCUAAGUUGACCAAUCAAUGGGCAGAAAUAUUGCGUAAUAUCAAAAUUUAAAAUGAUUUAUAGGAUUCUGUAAUACAAUUGUCAUGUUAAACUUUACUGUAACUGUAUGUUUUUGUGUCAGACAAGUCAUGAACAUCUAUCAAUAAAUCAAACUGUUUAUAUAUUCAAGAAUAAAUUCUUUAUUAGUUAUUGAUAUGCUAUAACUAACCGGAGGUUUGAUUUUUUAAAAUGAAAAGUAAACAAUGUGUAAAGCAGGGUGUGUACAAUCUACUGUCAGCCAUGAGAAGCCAUGAAUUCUGGACCUUGACCCUGAAAAGUAAUUGAAUAUGUAGUUGAUUGUUACAUGUAAUUCAGUGUUACAUGUAAUUCAGUGUUACAUGUAAUUCAGCGUUACAUGUAAUUCAGCGUUACAUGUAAUUCAGUGUUACAUGUAAUGUAUCACGUAAUUAUAUAUAGAUAUGAAUAUCAGGUAAUUAUAAGGAACUUUCAAUCCAAGAUUAAAAUAUCUCAGCAUCAUGAACCAAAGGUGAUAGUUUAUAGGUGAAUUCAUUUCUUUCAAUUAAGAAUGUGAAUUUGCGCUAAAAAUAUGAAACAGAUCGGCCAUAAGGAAAGUUGUUCAUCUUAAAUGUUUUUUAUUGUCUGAAAAGCGUCUUGAAAAUAUUUUAAGGACGCUGAUAUGGUCUCUUGAACAAUGGUUUGACCAGAUCUGUAUGAACCCUGCAUUAUUACAUGUACAUGUAUAUAUGGAGAUUAUUAUUGUGUGUAAUACGUAAACUGUUUACAUGUAUUCUGAUGUGUCUGUAAAUUCCUGUUACA